GAAGAAGCACCCUCAUCCUCUGCUUCCUGUUUCCUGUCUUAAGUGUGUGUCACAUUAACUUUGAAGACUGGAGCCUAAUAUCUGAAUAACGGUAACGUUUAUUUUUAAAAUGAUUUUGUCCAACCGGAUAAAGUUUUGUUCUCUGGCGUCCACCGCCUUUCGUUUGUACAGUAGCGGGACCGCGUCGGCUACUAAAAACCCAACGGUUUUCUUUGACAUUGCUGCGGACAACGAGCCGCUUGGCAGAGUAACCUUUGAGCUCAACGCGGAUGUUGUGCCAAAAACAGCAGAAAACUUCAGAGCCCUUUGCACAGGAGAAAAGGGCAUUGGAUACAAGGGAUCAAUCUUCCACAGAGUUAUUCCCCAAUUUAUGUGUCAGGGUGGCGACUUCACCAACCACAAUGGAACUGGAGGAAAGUCCAUCUACGGAUGGAAGUUUCCAGAUGAAAACUUCCAACUUAAGCACACUGGGCCUGGCAUCUUGUCCAUGGCCAACGCUGGACCCAACACCAACGGGUCCCAGUUUUUUAUCUGCACCACUAAAACUGAAUGGCUGGACGGCAAGCAUGUUGUGUUUGGCUGCGUGAAGGAAGGAAUGGAUGUGGUCAAGAAAGUGGAGUCCUACGGUUCAAGGUCCGGGCGACCCGCCAAAAGGAUCACCAUCACAGACUGUGGGGAGGUGGAGACUCCAGUGUGAGUGGAGGGUGCAGCCAUAUUCUCAUCUCCCGCUGUAGCCUGGACAGAAAACUCCUUUGUUCUUGGCAGGGUGCUACCUCUUUGGUGGAGGGAAAUGGAGAUAACUUGAUGUUUUUGUUCUCAUGUUGGAUCUCCAGUACUGUUAGAUUUUCUUCAGGUAAUAAUGAGCACACUUAAUUCUUGUGCUAAAAACUGUGAACUUCACUGCAUUUGUAAAAAAGAGAAAAGUGGCAUUGACUUGAAAAUGUAUUUUUCUCAUGAGAUGUUUUACUCUUAAACUGACUGAAAUAGUCAUGAAAAGAUUUGUAUACAUGUGUGUACAUCGCUUUAGGAGGCUUUUAUCACCAGCUGAUGAACAAGCUCGGUGUCGUCAUUCAGCCCCUCAAGAUGUUUUCAUUUGUCAAAUAUAAAGGGGAGAAGCUAUUGAACUUUUAACAGGAAAAAAUUAAUUGGAGAAUAUUUUUAUGUUGUACCAGCGGUAGUUUACACCACACCUAAUAAAAUACUCAAAGGCAAUGGCUAA